AUGCUGCAGGUUGCAACUGAUGAUUCUGUGGAAGAAUUAAAACUGUGUCUUCUAGCUGUUCAGUUCUCUCCAGCAAAUGGAAGAGAAGGAAUGCAAAGGAUGCAUUUCCGUCUGGUGGCUGGUGACCAAGACAUUUAUAAGAAUGAAGGAACUGAGCAGACCCUAAGUGUGGAACGGAUCUUUGUGCAUCCGAAGUAGAACAGCAAUAAUGUUGCUGGAAGGUUAAGUGGAGUUGUCCUGAAAACUGCUAGGUCCUACCCAUCAAAUGGACAGCUGGCAUCAACUCUGCAGCAAGCUUAUCUCCCACUCCUGGAUCCUGCUAUCUGCUGCAAUUCAUCCUAUUGGGGCUUGAGAGUUAAGGAUACCAUGGUGUGUGCUGGAUGCCUGAUCACUAGCUUUGUUUCCAGAAGUGGACACAAUAUUUACUCAAAGCUUACUGUGUUUACUCUUGUCUCGGCUUAUAUUUCCUGGACGAAUAAUGUUAAUUUGUCAUAG